AUGGAUGACAACGACGAGGACACCGAUGAAGACAUGUUUGAGACCUCUCUCUUCAGGUGUGGAGUCAGUGAUUGUCAGACGAUAUUUGGGUCUAAAGAGGGUUUGUUUAGACACUUAGAUCUUCAUAUGACUGAUCCGACCAUUGAGUGCGGAACCGAUGGCUGUAUUGAUAUGUUUUGCACUGAAAGCCAACGAAACAGACAUCAGAUGGAGAUUCACAGCAAUAGAGAUGAUAACAGCGAUGGCGUGAAUGAAGACAUGUGUGACAACUCGUGUGACAGCAAUGGUCUGGCGUUGGGAUCAGAUGGCAGUGAAGACUCUAAAGAUUAUUGUGUGGAACCGAUGAAAGACAAAGCCUUUCAUUCAGUGCAAGAGAUGGUUAACGAAGACAUUCACAGCAAAAGGCAACACAUCUGUGAUAAUGAAAACUGUGGUCAAGAGUUUAGAUCGCGUUUACUCUUAAACAGACACUUACUAUCCGUUCAUAACAUCUCUUCGGCGCCAACCGAGAGGUUCGGUGACGACAUGAGCGACCAUUUGGUGAUAGAAAUCCUAAGACAUAAUAAGUCCGAAAGAGACAAAUACUUUGAUUUCAAUACAAAAGCAUUCAUUUGUCCCAUAAAUGAGUGCCACAAGAGUUACGGAACUGAUAGGAUUUUUUAUUACCAUUUGACAAGAGCUCACGCCUCAAGACAAUACGUGUGCACUCAUGAGGGCUGUGGUAAAGCCUAUAAAGCGAAACAGCAUUUAAAAGAGCAUUUAUUAACACACAAUACGAUUGAAUCGUUUCGCUGUCCACACAAUGGAUGCGAUUAUAAAGCCGUUUGUAAUAAGCGUUUGAGAAAUCACUUGAGACGAGUUAAUCACUCAAAAGGAUUAUCAAAACGCUUAAAGAGAGCGCCGCCGAAGACGACCAGAGAGUGGUUUACCUGUGAUAUCAUUGACUGUCGCCAGACAUUCAUAUCACCCGAUGAUCUCAAGUCACACACACUUUCACAUCGGAUCCAAUCGAGUGGCGAAGAAGUGGCUAUUGAUAAGGAGAUGGCGUCUAAUGAAGCGAUGGCUGAUAUCUUGAGGCAAAAUCGGUCCCAAAGACAGAACUAUUUUGAUUUGACUGUCAAUGCGUUUAUUUGUCCCAUAAAUGAUUGCCACAAGAGUUACGAUACGGACGAGGCGUUUGCCGACCACUUAUGGUCUGUUCACUGCGAACGGCCGCACAUUUGCGGUCACGAAGGCUGUGGUAAAGCCUUUAAGACAAUUAACGCUUUGACCAAACAUUUAGAAACUCACAAAACAAAGUCAAUUGAAUGCAAAUAUAAUGGGUGUCAAUACAAAUGCAUUAGUGAUCACUACUUGAAACUACAUAUGAAAUCACAUACGAAGACAGCGGACAACAAACCGAUAUAUCGUUAUGCAUGUGAUGUCACCGAUUGUCACAAGAGUUAUGUCACGUAUAGCGGUCUGUUUCUGCACCGCAGGUCACAUAUGGCUGAACCGGCCUUCAAGUGCGGUGUCGACGGCUGUACGGAUGUGUUUCGCACCGGUGGGCAACGGCACAGACACCGGAUGGCGGUUCACAAUCGACCCAACUAUCCGUCCAGACGUGUGCGGCGCUGCGAUUGGCCCGGAUGUGACUUUGUUGGCCGCCAUAUGCAUAAACACAAACACCGCGGCAAACACACCGGCAGACCCCACGCGUGCGAUUGGCCCGACUGUGACAAACGGUAUGUGACAGCCCGUGGGCUAUCCUAUCACACCGUUAGCCACAACAUCAACAGUGAUAAUCAAUACACGUGUUAUUGGCCCGGAUGUGAGUACACGAGCACUAAUAGCCGUAACGUUGGCCGACAUGUAGAUCAAGUGCACACAAAGAUCGCGUGGUAUUACCGCCGGACACCACGGAAACCUACGGACCGGCAGUUUGUGUGCGACGACUGCGGGAAGCGAUUCAAGUCAACACAAGGUUUUGUCGGACACAAGAAGUUACAUCAAACAGAACGCUUCCAGGAGUGCGGUGUCGACGGCUGUGCCGAUCGUUUUAAGACCAAUGGCCAACUCCGUAAGCAUCGGGUGACUGUUCAUCACUGGUCGCCAAAGCCGCGUAUCAACCGACGGAUUCGUUGCGAUUUGCCUCAAUGUGAUUGGUUUGGCUUCAAUUUGCCUCAACACAAGCGCGUCGUCCAUAACGUGGUUCCCGAUAAGCGGUGGUUUGUCUGCGAUUGGCCCGAAUGUGGUAAACGUUAUGCCGCUAAGCCUGCGCUCACUGACCACAUCAAUGUCCAUAAAAACUUGAAGCCGUAUGCGUGCGAUUGGCCCGCGUGUCAGUACAGAGCGGCCCAUAAGCCUAAUGUUCGUCUUCAUAAAAAAUAUGUCCACAAAAUUUGA